AAAAAAAAAAAAAAGGAAGAAUUGGGUUGAAAGAAGAAGAUUGGGAAAGCAGAAACCCUAAAGGAAUUUUGUACAUCAGACCGACGCAGGAGAGCAAGAUGAUGAGGCACACGCAAACGAUUCUCGCAAAGUUUUGUGGAAGAGCGUAUUCGACCAUCGCCUCUUCCCCCCUGUCCUCGAGCGUCAAGAAUGGGUGGAAGGAGCAGGACUGCUUGGUUCUUUAUGUACUAUUUCUUGGUGGAUUUUAUACCCAUGGUUUUAAAAAUGUUUACAAGAGAAGAGAGCAUUGGCACAAAGUAGACAGAAUGCGAGACGAGCACAUCAAGCGUUCAAAGGAGCUGUAUCAUACAUCUAAACGCUAUCAUAAGGCAAUGAUGCAGGCACUGAAGGAGCGUAAAAUCUAGGCCAUGAGCGGAGCAAUUCAGUCUAAUCCAAUGUUUGUUACUUUUAUUUUGGACUAGUAUGUGGAUUUGGUGUAAUCCUUUGGUUGCCUGUUGUUAAAUACUACUACUACUACUACUACUACUACUACUCUUAGUUAAAUGGAGAUGCAAUAUGUAAUGUAUGGAUCCUGUUUUAAUGGUUUUCCCUGAGAGCACUUUUGUUUAUUUUA